AUGUCCCAAAGUCCAUUACAAUUCGAAAUAGAAAAAUACUCGAGACAAUACUCUUCAAUAUUUGCUAAUAAUAACAUCACCACUACUAUUGGUGAUAAUAAAAAUUCUUUGACAAAUGAACAACAGAAAGCUGGUUGGUUGCAUUUUCAACAAGAAAAUAUUAAUGAAUGUUUAAAUUUUUCUUAUCAGAAUGUGAAUUCUAUAAAAGCGAAGGCUUUAUUAAAAAGUCCAACAAUUGGAAUUAGAUAUAAUCAUUAUUAUACACACUCAAGCACAAACACGAACAAUAACAUUGUAUUAGAAAUACGUAAAUUUCAAAUAAGGUUUAAAAAUAGCCAAGAUUUUGAUUUGUGUUCGAGAAUACUUGGUCGUUAUAUUAGUUGUCAACCAAUACUUGGAAAUGAUUUGGUUCAAUUUUCAAAUAGGAUGAAUAUUAAAAACAAUAAUAAAAGACUUAAAGACGAUACUUCAAUGCCUUCUCCAUUUUCAAACGAUUCACGAAAACUUGGAGAAACUUCACCUCAAGAUUUUAAUAAUAACAAUAAAAACAAUCCACAAUUGCCAAUACAUUAUAAAAGAUAUCCACUACUACAACAACCGUCAGGGCCACAAUGUUUUUUACCUCCAUCAUUUUUACCACAUACAUUAUUUCCAAUACCACCACCAUCGUCAUCAUCACCACAACAUAGAUCAACCCUAGAACCAAGCGAGGUUCACGAAAAUCCUAUAAAAAAUCAUGAAUUGUCAAUAACUAGGAACACAAGAGAAACAGAACAUACCCGUUCGCCAUACGAUUAUCACUAUUCAAAUAUCUCACAAAAAAACUUACCUGUUUCAAAUCUCAAAUUGAUAUCACCAGCUGAAUCAGAUGAUGCAAGUCAUAAAAUGAAACAAGAGCCAAUCACCCCCUCAAAAAUUUUCCGGACACAAUCCACUACUUCAAUUAAUGAACUAGCAAAAGAACAAGAAGAAAAGGGUUAUGAAGAAAAAUAUGAUGGUGAUCUUUUGCUUGGCUUUAAAUCAGGCGUGACAGAACAAGAUAAAACCUUACUUGGAAAUUCAAGGACCAGAACAACAAAUCAAGAUUUUCAAAAGCAGCACGAACAAAUUUCUUCUCAUCAAGAAAAAUUAACAUCAACAAUUCCUCAUCUUCUAUCUCACUCGAGGACAAAUGUUGACAACUCUUUACCGAUUGAUGAUGACCAAUUAAAAGAAUGGAUUGGUGAUAUAUUAAAAGAUCGUGAAUUUCCUCAAUUCGUUGAGUAUAAAUCUAUUUUUCAAUUGGAAAGAUUAUUGAAAGAAAAAUUUAUGGGCUAUGAAAUGUGA